UCUUAUCGCUCUAACUACAAACAAGACUGAUAAAACUUCCCCUAGAAUAAUGGCGACUUGGGCCAGGUUAGGCGCUACUUUGCGAAGUACAGCCAAAAGUUUCUGGCCUGUCAGAAGUAUAUUUUACCGUCGUGCUGUUGGAGCGGGUCUGCUGGCCUCUGUUGUAGCAGGAGGAUUUAUUCACUACAAGAAUGACCCGCGAUGGAGACUGUGGCCACACAUCGUGUACGCGGAGGACGAGAAGCAAGAGCAGAUCAUGGUACCGCAGAUGUCCAUGAGGCGCCGCCGGUUUAACCAGUUUGCCUCCAUGAUAUAUGAGGAUGAGCCAUACAUGACACCCAGAGACUUCCUCCAUUCAGUCUUGAUGGAGAAAGUGGACCGCAAACUAAAGAAAAAGGUGUUGACCAAAGCAGACUUGGAUGAAAUGAUAAAGGUUGCUUCCAAAGCCGAGGCAGGAAAUAACCUGUUCAGAGGAAUUGGUGACAAGGGGUUGAUCUCUUACACUGAGUACCUUUUUCUCCUCACUAUUAUUACAAAAUCUGACACAGGAUUUCAUAUUGCUUUCAAAAUGCUUGAUAUUGAUGGCAGUGAGACUGUGGACAAGCUGGAAUUUCAGAAGCUGAAGAAAGUAAAUGGACCAAAGAAAGAGCUACUAAGGCAGGGUGGGACAGAGGUUUCAGACAAUGUCGAUGAGGUUGACACUACACUACAAGUGUUCUUCUUCGGAAAAGAUGGCAAUAAAAAACUCCAGUACAAAGAUUUCUGCAGGUUUAUGGAAGAUCUGCAGGCAGAGGUGCAAGAGGUUGAGUUCACGCAGUUUUCUAAAGGAAUGAAGACCAUGAGGAGGGAGGAUUUUGCUGAAUGGCUGCUUCAUUUCACUAAUGAAGAGGACAACGAGGCAUACCAGGACAACAUGAGGAAGAGAAUCCCCACAGGACAGAGCAUCACCUUUGAUGAAUUUAAAGAGUUCUGUCUCUUUACCUACCAUCUGGAGGACUUCGCCAUCUCGGUCAAGAUGAGUAUUGAUGCCAGCAAGCCAAUAGGAUUGGCUCAGUUUAAGCGAGCGGUGAUGAUCGCGACAGGUCAUGAACUUUCAGACAACGUUUUAGACACAGUUUUCAAGCUCUUUGACAUGGAUGGAGAUGACUGUCUGAGCCAUAAAGAGUUCCUCGCUGUGAUGAAAGACAGAGUACAUCGUGGACUGAGGGUUCAGCCCCAGUAUGGUGUUUCGGGUUAUUGGAAAUGUGUGAAAAGGGAGACAUUGGAAGGAGCUCAAGAGGCUCUCCGUAAAAACGGCAGUCCUAUCUGACACUAGAAGAGUGUCUGGCUAGUGAAAUGUGGUAUACUUCUGGAAAAGAGUAUGAUACGCAGUUAAUUACCUAAAAGAAGCAGGUCUUGAUAAUUGCACUGUCAUUUUCCAUUAAAAAGUUUACAUGGGUACAAAGAUAUUUGCUUAAAGAUUGACAUUGCCGUUGGCCCAAAACAUAUUAAAUGUGUAAAAUAAAAAUAAUCAUAAUUGAAUAAUAUUGUGGUGAUAAGCACUAUUGGAAAUAUGGGGAUUUUUCAUUCUUGAAUUUGUGAAAUACUGUAGUCUGUGACCACUCCAGCAAGAUUACACUGUCACUUCAUCAUUUCAUAGGAAGCAAGUUUAUCGUAUUUAGCCUCUAUUUUAUUUGGAGUGGGUGGUGUUUUAAAUCCUUUUUUGUAAAGCAUUUUGUGAAGAUAACACCAUGUGAGACAUGGAAAUGUGCAGUGCUGAUGGUCCUCCAGGAACAUGGUUGAAAACCACUGGUUUAGAGCACUUUCGUGCUAGUUUUGUGACUGAACAAAUGUGCAAUUCCAUUUUAAGUGAGCUCAUUGUAAAACAGAGGUUUUCCCACCUUUCUGAGGUUCACUUGUGAAAAUGAAAAGACACUGUGAAAUACAGUUUUCUUUAUUGUAGGGUUCCAUGUGAAAGUCCAUGUGGUACUUGUGAGGAUGGUCUGCUUAAAGCUUGCGGUCACACUAGACUUUGAGCAUGCAAAAAGGAUGAAGCGACUCUGCUAAAAUGAGCAGUGGGCUCUAUGCACAGCUAGAGUUUCGUAGCCAACGAUAAACUUCCGGUGAAAGCUUUAUGUGACUAUUUUCAAUUUCACAAGUUUGUUUUUACAGCAUCAAUGUUGUAAUGUAAUUACAAUACAUUCAGUUAAAUAGCCUUAAGCAUUCAUUUAGUUAUUCAAGCAUAAAACGAGAUGAAAGUCCAUGUAACCACUAGCGCCGUCAGGAUCAGCAGGCUGGAGCAGAAAUUCCAUUGAUAAUACUAGGGUUAAAUAAACUGUCAUAAAGGGAAAUGGAAUUUAAUGCAGUGCUACUUAUCCGAUCUAAGACCUACUUCAUGUUGUAUGUCUAACAGGCAAUUAUGUAAUAGUUCACCGGAAGCUCUUGGGCUGUCUGGCUGUGCAUAUAGCUCAUUCCUCCAUGUUUGAAAUUUCUGUACUGAGAGGUCAAUUUGGAUUUUUUUUAUUGGCCUCAUGCUUUCACAUGAUGGGAAUUCACAGUUCAGAGUUCAUCAAACUUUAAUUUUGCUACACAGCGAAAUAUCUUCACACAGGCUUGCGUUUCUUGCUUAAUGCAUUCACAUGCGUAUGAAUGGAAGGCAAGUGAACAAACAAGUGUAGUGUGACCAGACUUUGACGCUGUGUAAUCUGUUAUUUUUGGUUGUGGUGUACCAUAUACAUGUUUUGUUUUUUUUAAGUUUUCAAUAUAAAAAAAGUACUAUGAUUUAGGUGGUGGGUAGGAAAUGCUAGUAAUGCAUUAUCCCUUCAUAAAUAAAGUUGAAACAAAAGUGUACAAAAUGUGUAUGUUUGCAUGUUUAUAAGUUUACCUUUUCCCUGUUUGUUGU